AUGUAUCACACCUUUUCCGUUGUGGAGGCCAAUGGCGGCCGUCACGAUGAGCGCCAUGCUUCAAGACCUGUCACCUCACGGCGUCUUUCCACUAUCAAUGCCUGCAAUGAGUGUCGACGAAGAAAGAUUCGAUGCGGAGGGUCGCAGCCGUGCCAGCAGUGUCUGUGGUCGCAGCAUCCGGAGCUCUGCGUGUUUGCAGGAUCUGGCCGCAAGACGGUGCAAAACCGCAUGUACAUGGAGCAACUGCACUCGAGAAGUGAAUGUCUUUCUGCUGUGUGCUCUCGCUUGUUUCCUAAUCAAGAUCCAUCCAAGUUACGGGAUCUCCCACGUAACGAGCUCAUCAACCUAGCGGUCACUUUGAGUCGGCCCAAAAGCGCUCAAACUCCACCGGCAAACGACAUUAUCCUGCCACCCUCGGUUCCUUCGGUCGACUCAAGCAGGCCUUCUGAGAGUGCGGACAGCCUGAACUCUCUCGAGCAGGCGCCCGAACGCAAUCCUGUCGUUGACGAGGCGAUCCGUCAGAAGCGCACCGUUCAUGGCAUAUCGGACGACGUCAAUUGCCUUUCCUUGUCGUUCACCUUCCAGUCUUCCUACGUAGGCAUCUCGUCCAUCAGCGCCGUCUUAAAGGUCAUUUUCAUGAUCGCACCUGGAGCGCGUACACAUGUUGCCCAGAAUGCAGCAGACACCGCUCUGCCGAGUAGGGUCCCAUCACCAUCCGUUGAGCAGCAGCUGCCAAUCGACGCUACUGCGAUGCCACCCCCGGAUAUUGCGCACAACCAUAUCGAAUCAUACUUCAAUCGAGUCCAUGUUCUCAUGCCUAUGAUCGACGAGGACGACUUCCGACAUACGUACCUUUACCUAGACCGCAAAGAUGGGCCUUGGCUAGCUUUGUUCAAUACAGUCCUUGCUCUCGGCUCGUUAGCGUCUGGAACGUGUGCUGACGAGGAGCAUCUUGUGUACUUCCGCCGGGCGAGCAAACACCUGGACUAUGAGGCCUUCGGCAGUGCCAACAUCUACGUACUGCAGGCUCUUGGCCUGCUCGCUGGGUACUAUCUGCACUGGUUGAACCGACCUAACGAGGCGAAUGCUUUGAUGGGAGCUACUCUUCGCAUGGCGACUGCUGUAGGCCUUCAUCGCGAGUAUUCGAAUCCUAGCCGCAACGUGGAGGGUCAGAUACCGGUCGGCAUCCGUAGAAGCACAUGGUGGAGUCUGGUAUGCUUGGAUACUUGGGCCGCUAUGACUACAGGCCGGCCGUCGCUCGGUCGGACCGGACUGGGAGUUACGGUCGACGUUCCUAAAAUACCGGAGCAUAGCAACAAUGCGCAGUAUCUAGCUUCGCUGAAGCUACUCCCUUUAGUGCACAAUGUUCCUUUCUGCAAACUGGCAACCCGCAUACAGGACCGACUCGCAGCCCAGACACUCCUCAACCCUACAGAGAUAGCUGCAUUCGACGCAGAGCUCGUAAGGUGGCAUGACGAGCUGCCACCGAUCCUACGGAUCUCAGGUCUCGAGCAGGACGCUGUGGCCGCUUUCACGAGCCCGAGAUACGAAGACUUCGUUGCAAACACAUCUCCAGCAAGUGCACCUACUGAAAAACGCCACGAUAAGCGCGCUAUACAUGGACACAAUCUCCCUGCAUGCCCCGAGAUACUCAAGACUCCGCGUUUGAUCACACACUGGUGGUUCAUGACACUACGAAUACUGAUGUACCGCCCAUAUCUACUGGCUACUAGCCUUCGACGAAGUCCGCGGAGGGCAAAGUCUGCCGACGAAACGACCGCCAUAGAGAGGUGCCGCAUCAUUGCCGAGGAGUCUAUUCGUUCCAUCAACUUGCAUUGUCCGAAUGAGUUACUCGCUGGAUGGAACGCUGUAUGGCUGAUGUACCAGGCAGUAAUGAUCCCUCUUGUGUCGCUCUUUGCAAUGCAUCCGGACCGGACCAAAUCUACGAAUAGCGCCGAAGCUUCAGCGCAAACAGCAGCGCAGUCAGGGAAUGACAACGCUGACGACGUUCUGGCCUGGCGCAUACAGGUAGAAACCGCCAUUGUUUUCUUCCAAAGAAUGACACCGUACUCUAUGGCGGCGAAAAGGAGUACGAUCAUUGUAGAGAGACUGUACGCUGCAAGCAAGCAUUCGACAAUCUUCACAGCUCCACCGAACAGCACACAACCGAGCGAGGGCGACAACAGCAGGCUCACAAGCUGUGAGAUCACUCAAAUGUCUGGCACCGUUUUGCCGGAUAUGGUCCAUGUGACCCCUGUGACCGGACAAGUACCGGAUUGGCUGGAUGCGGGCGACUGGGGCGUCAGUGACGGCGAAUUGCUCGAAUGGACUGCACUGUGGAGUAACGAUGUGAUGUGGGACAACGGCCAGGACUUCAUCUUGCCAUGA